CGUACACGUACAUACGUAUGCGGAACUUCAGUUGUAAACAAAAACGGACAAUCGCUACCUUCUUGUGUGGCAGAAAAACGCGGAGCCUCGUUACAUCCUAUCUAACGCAACUUGUUGAAGGUAAACACACCUGUGUCGGCUGCGUCACGGUGUCCAGUCGCUUGGCGCGCGGGUCCAGAUGUCUGGCUGUGGUUGACGCAAGUGUCAGCUCAUUGUUAAAAGGAGACAUACUCUGGUGUUGUUGGCCAGCAGAAGCAAUCGUAGCCAACAUGUCGAGGAAACAGACGCCCAAACCUGUGCGGAGCAACAAGAAGAGCGAGCUGGAGCGCAAGAGGGACGAGCGGGCAGCACGCCGGGCCAUCGUGAAGGACCGCAAGAACCGGCCUCAGGACUGCGAUGAAGGAGCGGAGUUUGUCAGCUUCUCCAAUCAGCUCCAGGCAUUGGGACUCAGGCUGAGGGAAGUCCCCGGAGAUGGGAACUGCCUGUUCAGAGCUCUCGGCGACCAGUUAGAGGGUCACUCUCGGGGUCACCUCCGGCUUCGACAGGAGACUGUCCAGUAUAUGAAGUCCCAUCGACAAGACUUUGAGCCCUUUGUCGAGGACGACGUGCCCUUCGCACAGCACUUGUCCAACCUCUCUCAGCCUGGUACUUUUGCUGGCAAUGACGCCAUCGUGGCUUUUGCUCGCAGUCAACAGGUGAAAGUGGUCAUCCAUCAGCUCAACACGCCACUGUGGGAGAUAAAUGGUGCAGAGAAGCAGGUGUGCAGAGAGCUACACAUUGCCUACCGCUAUGGAGAUCAUUAUGACAGUGUGAGGCGGACUGGAGACAACUCUGAGAGUCCCGCACAGCUCCGCAUAGAGAAUCUGCAGAAUUCACGAGGACAGCAGCGUGAGUUCGGAGACGGUCAGCGGGACAGACAGAAAACCCCUUCUCCCACAACCUCAGAGGAGGACAAUGUGAUCCUGAGCUCCAUCAAGAAUCGAGGAAUCCAGGGUGAUGAGGAGAACCUGCUUCAACUGAGUGCGGCAACCAUCAAUGCUGAAUGGCUUGUUGGCUCCAUGCUGGGCCAGUCCUGCCAGGGCCAGUGCAUCUCAGGAUCCUGCUCAGCCUGCAAAGCUGCAGCCACAGACAGCAGCGACCAGAAACAACCAGCAGAGGCCAGCAAUGUACAAAAACCAAAGGUAUCUAACAAGCAGCGGAAAGAGCAGCAGAGGCAAGAGAAGAAGAAGCGCCAGGAGGAGAGGCAUCGGCAGAAGUUUCUCCAGAGUAAAGGAAGUCAGGACCAGAACCAGAACCUGCCAGAGGCUGUUACUUUAGUACCAGCUCUCAACACUCUCAGUAUAUAGACUGGAGCAUGGCCAAAAUAACCUACUGUUUCUCUAGCUACCGGCGGCUCACGCUGUCCACAAAGUUUUGCACAUAGUCAGAUUUGAUUCGGUCACAGUGGAUGACUUUUCCUAAAGAGAACCCUAUAGUUUCUUUGCAAACGGUAUAACGGUGCCUGCAAACUGGAGUGCGUGUGAUGUGUGAAAGUUGAAGAAGACGAGAGAGCGAAAGAGCAUGACAUUCAGUGUUUUUGCAGGGUUUUGUUUUCAUCCAAUCCUCGGCCGGUGUUGGUGUAUGUAGAAACUCCUCCGAUCUGGUCUACCUACCAUGCUACCUUGCCUCUUUCUAUGCUGGACAUCUGGCUUUUCAUAAAAACCAUGCAGAUAAUCUCGUGCAGUUGGGCUUUUUUCAAUUCGCCACAGAUUGAGUUGACGUGGAUUCAGAUCAUUCGGUUUGUUCAGUCUGACCAAAGAAGGAAGUUAAAGGAAGAGCAGAUGAAUGAUUGUUAUGCACACUGUGUAAGGAAUGUGGCAAUAAAUAAUAAUAAAUGAGAAUUUUCUGUUUUGGUGUGCACCAGAUAAUAUAUUA